AAGAAGAAAAAAAAAAAAAAGGAAGAAAAAGAAGAAAACGCCCACUUCUUCAAACCCUAGACCUUUGGGUCUCCAGAGGGUUCUGUCUUCCCCGCGCUAACUGUGACGGAUCACCAACCGCGUCCGGCGACUUCCGACCGCCGGCCGAAGACCUCCGGCAGUGAGAGAGAAGCGGCCGGCGAGACUGAUUUUUCGCGGUUGCAUUGGUUGCCGAUCUUGCAGGCUGCGCAGGUCUCGGUUUCAUUGUUUCGAUGACAAGACGACUGCGGUGAAGGUUCAAGAAGAAGCCUGUGAAGGGAAAGAUCCCGUUUCUAGUACGACGGGCGCCGUUCUUUCUUUUUGCUGUCCGGCGAUUCUAAGGAGUUCUGAAGCGUCGGUGGGGCAGUUUCUUAGUGGACUCCGGACAGCAGGCGCUAUCCUGUGGCGUUUUAACUUUGGUGUCUUGUUUCUUUCGUUAUUCAGUCGCAGCGGGGUGGACGGUAGCCUGUGGUCUAAUGCCGGCCUGCGGGAGACUAGCGGAGAUUCUGUCUUUGUCUGUCUUGAUCACCGACGCUUUCAAGCUCCUUUUCCUACGUCCAUUUCUAUUGUAAGGUUAGGGGACCGGGCAUCAUUGGGGGUUGGUGACAUGCGGUAGCAGGUGGCGCUCCUCGACGGUAUCUGAUGUUUAUCGAGCGAGAGGAACCCUUUGUGUCACCUUCUUCUUGCGUUUUCUUACUUAUUAUUGCCGGUGAUAAAAGCAAUCGUCGGCAUCAUUCUUUAUGGGGAUGUUGAGAAGACAAUGUGCGUAGAGCGCGUCAACAUUCGAGAAAAUGGCUCAACAAACUGGUUCUCACCCAGUUCUUGUCUAGUUGAGGAUUCAUCCUAGCGCCAGAACAAUUUUUGGGUUUGGAGAGCAGGGAAGAAGGAUUGGCUAUGGCAUGGACAGAGGUGGAUGCUGGGAAAGGGGAUGAUGAGACAGAUUCUGUUGUCGAAGCAGAGGUUUUGAAGCGGGGGGGAAUGCAGCAGGCUGCUGGUUUAGUUGAAAAUACGGUUGUUUCUUCUUCACCAGCUCCAACUGUUUCAGCCGCGAUGGGGAUAUUUGAGGGGAAGGAUGCACUUUCCUAUGCAAACAUUCUUCGGUCAAGGAACAAGUUUGUUGAUGCUCUAAAUUUAUAUGAGAGUGUUAUUCAGAAAGAUGGGACUAAUGUGGAGGCAUUUAUAGGGAAGGGUAUCUGUCUCCAGAUGCAACAUAUGAACAGACAGGCAUUUGAGAGCUUCUCUGAGGCUAUUCGGCUUGACCCACAGAAUGCAUGUGCUUUGACCCAUUGUGGGAUAUUGUACAAGGACGAAGGGCACUUGCUGGAGGCUGCCGAGUCAUACCAGAAAGCUCUAAAAGCGAAUCCUUCGUACAAACUUGCUUCGGAAUGCCUGGCCAUUGUCUUGACUGAUCUCGGUACUAGCUUGAAACUUGCCGGAAACACUCAAGAGGGCAUUCAAAAGUAUUGUGAGGCUUUGAAAAUAGAUGGCGAUUAUGCUCCUGCUUACUACAAUCUUGGUGUGGUCUACUCUGAGAUGAUGCAAUAUGAUCUGGCACUCAGUUGUUAUGAGAAGGCUGCACAACAUAGGCCAAUGUAUGCAGAGGCAUAUUGCAACAUGGGAGUAAUAUAUAAAAACCGUGGUGACCUUGAAACAGCCAUUGCCUGUUAUGAAAGGUGUUUAUCUAUGUCUCCAAAUUUUGAGAUCGCGAAGAACAACAUGGCGAUAGCCUUGACAGAUUUAGGAACAAAGUUGAAAUUGGAAGGUGAUAUCAACCAGGGAGUUGCUUGUUACAAGAAAGCAUUGUUUUACAACUGGCACUAUGCUGAUGCUAUGUACAAUCUUGGUGUUGCUUAUGGAGAAAUGUUAAAGUUUGAGAAGGCAAUUGUAUUUUAUGAGCUUGCUCUACAUUUCAAUCCUCAUUGUGCGGAGGCAUGCAACAACUUGGGAGUGAUUUACAAGGACCGAGAUAAUCUUGACAAAGCAGUGGAGUGCUAUCAGAUGGCUUUAAGGAUUAAACCAAACUUUUCACAAUCUCUAAAUAACCUCGGAGUUGUCUACACUGUUCAGGGCAAGAUGGAUGCUGCUGCCAGUAUGCUUGAGAAAGCUAUUGUUGCAAAUCCUACUUAUGCUGAAGCUUAUAACAAUCUAGGUGUGCUCUAUAGAGAUGCAGGCAAUAUUGUACUUGCUGUUGAAGCGUAUGAGCAAUGCCUUCGGAUAGAUCCUGACUCACGUAAUGCUGGUCAGAAUCGUUUGCUUGCAAUGAAUUACAUAAACGAAGGUCAUGAUGACAAGCUAUUUGAGGCACACAGGGAAUGGGGUAGACGGUUUACAAGGUUAUAUCCCCAGUAUACUUCAUGGGAUAACCCAAAAGAUUUAAAUCGCCCCCUUAUUGUUGGAUAUGUCUCUCCAGAUUACUUUACUCAUUCUGUUUCAUACUUCAUAGAAGCACCUCUCUUAUACCAUGACUAUACAAAUUACAAGGUGGUUGUGUACUCUGCAGUUGUUAAGGCAGAUGCAAAAACCAAUAGAUUCAAAGAAAGAGUUCUAAAGAAAGGUGGGACAUGGAGAGACAUAUAUGGGAUUGAUGAAAAGAAGGUUGCUGCGAUUGUUAGAGAAGACAAAGUUGACAUCUUGGUUGAGCUUACUGGGCAUACUGCCAACAAUAAGUUAGGGUUGAUGGCCUGCAGACCUGCCCCAAUUCAGGCGACUUGGAUAGGUUAUCCAAAUACAACUGGAUUGCCUACAAUUGACUACCGUUUCACUGAUUCAUUUGCUGAUCCUCCCAACACAAGACAAAAGCAUGUUGAGGAGCUUGUUAGAUUGCCAGGGUGUUUUCUUUGUUACACUCCUUCUACAGAAGCAGGCAUUGUAUCUCAAGCCCCAGCUCUUACGAAUGGUUUUGUUACAUUUGGAAGCUUUAAUAAUCUGGCAAAGAUAACUCCAAAAGUGCUCCAAGUUUGGGCAAAAAUAUUAUGUGCAGUUCCAAAUUCAAGGCUUGUAGUGAAGUGUAAGCCCUUCUGCUGUGACAGUGUGAGACAAAAGUUCCUCUCGACACUGGAGCAAUUGGGCCUGGAGCCACUGCGAGUUGAUCUUCUGCCAUUGAUCCUUCUCAAUCAUGACCAUAUGCAGGCUUACUCUCUAAUGGAUAUCAGCUUGGACACAUUUCCUUAUGCAGGAACAACUACUACUUGUGAAUCUCUAUAUAUGGGUGUUCCAUGUGUUACAAUGGCAGGAUCAGUGCAUGCCCAUAAUGUUGGUGUUAGUCUUCUUACUAAAAUUGGUUUAAAGCAUUUAAUUGCAAAAACAGAAGAAGAAUACAUCCAGUUGGCAAUACAGCUGGCUUCUGAUAUUUCUGCCCUUUCUACUCUGAGGAUGACUCUUCGUGAACUCAUGCUGAAGUCCCCUGUUUGUGAUGGACCCAAAUUUGCCCAGAGUUUAGAAUCAACAUAUCGCAGGUUGUGGCGCAGGUACUGUAGGGGGGAAAUGCCAGCACAGAAGCAACUGGAUAUGAUGCAGCAGGCUGCUGCUGAGAAGCCGCUGCUGAAGGUUUCAGAUUCAACAGUUGUAAAAGUGAAUGGUAUAAAUCCGGUUGCAACUUCAAUCCCAAAUCAUUCAACCCCUGGUAGUGGAAAUCAGUGAAGCUAGUCACUUCGUUAACGGUGAAGUCAGUCAUUUACGGUGGCAGUGAGGCAUAGUGUAGUUUAUACUGGUGAUUUGAAACAGAAAGUGCUUUAGAUAUCACUGGAUAGGUAUGUGUGCAUUCAUCUGUCACAGCAGUCUUCUACUCCUAAAAUUGCUGGCACUCUUGAAAUUCGUUGUAGAAUGGUAAGGCAGAUGCUGGAGCUAUGGCAUCAAUCCGGUUAUCAAGCUGUCAGUUUGAAUGUCGUUAUCAGAGCGGACUCAACAAAAGAAGGCUUACAAAGAGAAAAGUUGAAAUUUUUGUGGUAGGUUGAGGGAGAGCUGUUUUUAGUUGGUUAUACGUCUUCAAGUGAAAACAAAGAGUUAAAUUCCAGCUUGCUUCUGUUUUCAGAGAGAUAGUUCUACAUGACAAGGAAAAUGUUGGAAGGGUACAAGAUCCGUGUAUAGUCUGCUGGGCGCUAAGCAUCAUUUCAGGAUCUCCGUGCCCACAUUCUUGAAUGCCAAACUAAAUUCCAUCACAUUGUACAGUUGACAACAGCAACAAUUUUUCUAUGGUGCCCUAGUGGUUGGCACCAUUAUAAUUCUGAUUACCGUAAGGAAAGUAUACAUGCC